AUGAACCGGCAUGAGAAUGAGGCCGGGUUCAAAGAUUGUUUUGUUGCGUUGUUUGGGGCUUGGGUGUCUAACCCGCGGAUACACCGGAUGCGGGCUGCGGGACGCGCGGGGAAAACAACCAAGUCGCUGCACCAAAGAGGCGAUAUCAAAGAACCAUCCAAGGAUACAGAAGCGCGACGCAGAUUGAGAACCAUUCGAUCCAUGGAGGAGGAAGAGGGGGAGGAGGAGGAGGCUGGGACGACGGGUUCGUUCCAACCCCGCAGGAAAAGCCCGAACCGAAGCAGCUCCCAAGCCCCAAGAGUUACGACGUCGUUGGAGCUGGCAUGCGCGAGCCGUCUCAGCGCUGCGGGCGGUCGCAUGAGGAUGAGGGGUGAGGAUGAGGAUGAGGGAUGA